CAAGCUACUCAAUCAACAAGAGUUAAUAUUGCUCGCUAAUCAGCUCUCAAAAAAAAUUUGAAUAGGCUAGCUUUAGCUAGGUCCCCUCCCCCUCUCUCUACUGCGGCUACUCAUGGUGCUAGCUGGUGCGCAAAGAAUAAUCUCAUAGGCUUCCUGUUUCAUCCCUCCUGAGAUCUCUCCACGAACAGCAGCAUCAGCAGCUAGCAGGCUGGCAACACGCGGCAUGGACCACCAGCUGUUCGAUGACCCCUUCUCAAGCAGCAUCUCGUCGCUGGAGGCGGACAUCUUCUCCGCCGGCGGCCAGCUGCCGUCGCCGCCGUGGCCGGACCUCGACCUUGACGACGACGACAUCCACGACCUCUCCGCGCCGGCCGCCAACGCCACCUCCUCAGGAGGCUAUGGCUCGGGCGGAGGCUCAGGCGGCUCCCACAGGAAGCUCAGCCACAACGCGUACGAGCGCGACCGCCGGAAGCAGCUCAACGAGCUCUACUCCUCGCUCCGCUCCCUCCUCCCCGACGCUGACCACACUAAGAAGCUGAGCAUCCCCACCACGGUGUCCCGAGUUCUCAAGUACAUCCCCGAGCUGCAGAAGCAGGUGGACAACCUGGAGAGGAGGAAGAAGGAGCUGACGAACGCCAACUGCAAACCAGGAGUUCUGAACACGAGCGAGAUUGUAACUCCCGUUGUUUCUGCUACUUGCCUCAACGAUACCGAGAUCAUGGUUCAGGUCAGCCUGCAGAGCAAUGCGGCUGCCACAAGUCUUCCUCUGUCCAAGUGCAUUAAAGUGCUGGAGAACGAAGGCCUUCACCUGAUUAGUUCAUCAACUUACUCCACCUUCGACAACAAGACAUUCUAUAGCCUCCAUCUUCAGAGAAGUCAAAGAACAAUGAAGGAGGAGUGCCCAGCAUUCUGCGAUGAACUGGAGAGUAUUAUCAGGAAGAAAGCAGGGGCGUAGCUGCAGCGCGCGGUAGCACCGUCGCGUGUAUUAUAUUGGAUCCAAUAUAUAUAUGCUAAGGCGUGCAGUCUAGUCUGUAAAUGGUGGUUUAAUGUUUUGUUGUGUGUAGUUGAUUGUACGUUACUAGAUCAUCCGUGAUAUAGUGUGUGUCCAUGUGUGUUUUCUGUCAACACAUAGGAAACAGUCAAGUAACACUACAGAACAGCCUUUCAUCUA